AUAGUUACCACUGAUAAAUUGAUAACACAAUGUUUAUCUCUCAAUUCAAAAAUACAAUAAUUAUUAAAUUGACAGUUUUACUAAUUUUAUACUGAACUACAUUUUAUCUUUCAAUAAAAUGUGUAGUUUAUCUUAUUUUUAAUUAAGUAAUAGUGGUAUUUUAAUAAUCUUAUUCAAAUAUAAAAUAAAACAUGGGUACCAGAAAUUUCGAAUGGAAUUGGAAAUGCAAGUCCACUUUUGAACAGCCUCCGAUACAUGUUUACAAAUUAGAACAAACUCUUAGUCAUCCUCUCAAACAAAUUAAUACGACUUCAAAACUUGAAACAGUCAGUCAUAAUGAAAAGCUAUCAUUUAUUGACCCAUUGAGUGCAAACUUUGAAAAUGCUGAUCCUUUAUCUCUUAUGGCUGCCCAAGAAGAUUGGGAUGACUUGGAUCUCAAUGUUGAACCUGUCAAAGCUCCGAAGAGGGGUCUUGAAAUGAGUGACAACCCUUGGAUAGAACAACGUACCGCUAUAUUGAAUAAAUUUACAACAACACAGAAACUUUCUAUAUCUUUACAACAACACCAGGAAAGAGGUUCCUCAUCCAGAGACAUAGCUUCAAACAUUGGACUCAAAAAUAAACUGGAGCAACUUGACGAUUUUGAAGAAUUAACCCUGCGCCAGUUGGAACAGUUAUCACAGGCUGAAUAUGUCGAAACAGUAAACAGCUUCGGGAAAGUAUUAGUUACUGCUUGGAAUCAUGACUUCAGAGUUAAAGCUCUCAAAGUAGCAAUUCAGUGUGCUAAGCUCUUGGUUGACACCUCUGUUGUUCAGUUUUACCCUAGUAAAUUUGUACUAAUUACGGAUGUACUGGAUAUGUUCGGUAAUUUGGUUUAUGAAAGACUUUUAGCGAAAGCAGAAUACUAUCCAAGCGGAAGCAAGAUAAUGUCUCCUCUUCCAGAGAAUUUCACACCAGAUAUGGUUCCGGAAUCCGCCAAAGAAACAUGUCGAAACUGGUUUUAUAAAAUUGCUUCCAUUCGUGAAUUAAUACCUCGACUGUAUGUCGAGGCUGCUGUCCUCAAAUCAUAUACCUUCUUGACAAACAGUGAGCUUUCAGAUUGUGUGAACAGAUUGACUUUAAUGACUCGUGGGAUAGGAGAUCCUUUGGUUGCGGUCUACACGAGGUGCUAUCUCUGCCGAAUCGGUCAGUCUGUAUUCAAAGCUGGUCCAGAGCUUAUCAGACAGAAUCUUAAAGAUUUUCUUCUUUUAUAUGAACAAUUAUUCAGUCCAUCAGUACAUCAUCAGCUGUCGACUCAAAAAGUUGAUUUAGCAUCUUACCUCGGUACUUACGUCCCCGCAUUAGAUUGGAUGUUCCAAGGAAUAGCUAACAGCGAUCGCCAUGAUUUCCUUGAUGAACUAUUUAAACUGUGCAUGGAAAAAAGGAACAAAGGUCUUCUUUUAAAUUCUAUUUUGUCUACAUUUAAACCCGAAUAUAUCGCCCAGAAAGCAGAAGUUUUAGUACAGCAAAUAUCAUCUUGUUUUGGUGAAAGUUUUCCACUUUAUACCCUUCUAAAAAUGAUGGGAGAAAGGUUAAGAGGUCACACUACAUCAAAUUCUAAUUAUAUAAAGCGGGAAAUAUGGAAACUUGUUUCAAAGCUUGAAAAUGAGGGCGAUUAUCUCUCUUGUGUUCAAGCUUGGAUACCAUUCAUUAUUGCCCAUUCCUCUACUUCAGAAUUAAACAUCGUUCUUGGAGAUAUUAUUGACCGGAUCGGAAGUAGCACUAAAUUUUCUUGUGCGAUUCUUCAGGACAUUGUCAUUACUGUUGCAUCAAACUUUCCUGAUAUGGACCAGCUUUUUACUAUGGAUAAAUUUCUUCCUCUAUUAGAUGUUAUCAGAAGCGAAUCAUCGCGUGCAAUGGCUUGCCAAAGGAUUUUGGAGAUUUUCUGUAAAUCAAGAACAGCAGAGAGUACCGCAGAUCCGGUAACAACUGAUGCUCUUACCUUCAUAGCUAAAGUUCUUCACGAUUCUGUGAAUGCUCUAUCCGUUGAUGAUGAAAAAAGACAAUAUGGGCAGUUAAUAUCACAACUUAUUAUGAAAAUAGAUUUUGGUGACUUUGAACAGCAGUUGAGAUUUUAUGUUGAAGCUAGGGCUACUUUUAUGAAUCUAGAUGCUGUUAUUGUUACUCUAGUUCAUUGUGUUAAUCGUAUUGCAGUUGAAACAGGAAAGAAAGUAAAAAGCCACCACACUAAGAGAACUGCUGCAUUCGUACACGCGUGCGCUGCAUUCUCGUACAUUACCAUUCCAUCUGUCACGUCAGAAAUCACUCGGCUACGGCUGUACCUUGUUACUGCUCAAAUCGCUCUUUUCAAUCAAUCUCUUGGACAAGCGGAUGCUUGUAUUGCCAGUGCUUUGGCUAUCCUUCCACAGCUUCCUUUAUCUGUUGAAAUAGAUGGAAAAAUGUGUCAGAUACAACCUUAUCUAUCAGAGUUUGUUAAAAAUUUGCUCUCUACGCUCAUUAUUGUCCCUGACUGCUUUGAGCAAGGAAUGCUCUACUUGACAAGAGGCCUGGUGAACAUGUUACAGCAGUGUGUAGAGAUCACAGGGAUCGCUGCGAUCACACGGCUCUAUCUUGAUGUAAUCAGAAUGCUAUCUGUGGCCGCUCGUCCAGAAUAUCCGUACCAUGUCCGGAAAGUUGACUCAAACGAUAUAUUGUAUGGAUCUGAUCCAAAAUUUUUGACAGAAAUCAAUAGUAUGUCUAGCAUUCUUCUGGAAGAAAUAUUGAAUAAUCUACAGACUUUAGGAGAACAGAAAGAUUUAGAAGAACAGGCAGCAAUUUCUUUCGAAUUAUUUCAAUACGUUAUUGAAAUCGUCAAUUUGGAAUCAGAAGGAAUGGCUACUCUUGCUUAUCAGCUUUGGUUGUUAUCUCACAAACACAAAUGUCUUGAUAAGAAAAUGGCGAUGAGGUUGCUUGAUUCGUUAAAAUUGAAACUUCCGAUGUACCCUGCAAAUAGUGCUUUUAGUCUUCUUGUUUCUAAGUUAAAAAUAUAAAAAGUUUAAGUUGUAUAAAUAUGUAUAUAUUUUUUUAAUAUUAUUAAAUUUUAUAUUUAUAUUAUUAUAUAAACAAACUAAAAUUUAUUAUAUUUUUGUUUUUAUGUA